AAGAAGGAACCUGUGUGUAUCAUAUCCAGGGCACAAUCCAGCUGGACGGACGAAGUCUGUAACACGGAAAGCUUGCCGAGGCAGCAGAUAUUGACAACUACCACUAACAGUAGUAGCAGCAAUCACCAUCUUCGUCAUCAACAUAGUACAAGCGAUAAAAAUAGUAUGAGCGAACCUCCUGCUAGAUGUACUAAAAGCUUGAAUUUUGGCGUGUAUGGCUGGCGCAAAAGGUGCCUGUAUUUUCUCGUCUUAGGAUUAGCAGUAAUUGUUAUACUCAACCUUGCUUUGACGCUUUGGCUGCUUAAAGUCAUGGAAUUCAGCUUUGAUGGCAUAGGCUCAUUAAAAGUUAUACCGGGAGGUAUCGAGCUUCACGGCCAAGCUGCCAUCCUCGAUGCUUUGAUUGCAUCGAGCGUAAAAUCACGGCGUGGAAGUAAUCUUGUACUCGAGUCUUGGACUAAUUUUACUGCCUCGGCGCGUAGCGACACUGGUCAAGUUCUAGCUAGAUUUACACUGAGUGAGGACAAAGUCGAAUGUGUAGCAAAGGCCUUUCGAAUAACCGAUCCAAAUGGGGAACUAAUAUUUUUGUCAAGCAACAAUCGUGUUGUCGUGGGUGCAAAGAAUCUCAAAGUUACAGGAGUUGGUGGUGCUGUUUUCGAAGGAAGUGUCCAAACUCCACUUGUCACUUCAGCAGCUGGACACGAUUUAAAAUUGGAAUCGGCCACAAGAUCGCUGGAGAUUCGAGCUCCACAGAGGAUAAACAUCGAAUCAUCGGCGGGCGAGUUGAGUGCGAGCAGCCUCUCAGAACUACGCUUGACCAGUCGCGAAGGUUCCUUGAAGCUCGAAGCUCGUUCAGUGUAUCUACGAGGUUUAGUUUCCAAUGCAACGACAACAUCGUCCUCUAGGAAGUCCGGAUCUGCUAGUGGAAGCAGCAGUGCUACUCGCUCGGAAGGUGUUUCUGUUUAUCAAUUGUGCGCCUGCGAGGAUGGAAAAUUGUUUCUUGCGCCGCCUGAUGCUCCCUGUCAAGCUGAUCAUAGUCUCUGCCACUGAGCGAGCUUUCAAGUAUAUUCAUCGAAUCCUGAUCGUAAUGUAGUAUGACUGAUUUUUUCAAUAGGCUUGGGUGCAAAGAGUUAGAGUUUAGCCCAUUAACGCUCAAAAUUAUGAAGUUUCGCUUUGCUUUACAAUGCAAUUUUUUUCAAUGCUCUGGGCCUUAGAAAAAUUUCGCAAACACAAAUUUUGUCGUGAAACUUAAUGCCUUUUCAGAAUCUGGCCUUAGAUUUAAGAUGGUAUACGUAGAGAAAAAUUUAUUGCAAAGACUCCUGGGCGAGUCAACUUCC